UUGAGCCAGGACCAUGACCACAUGGAGGGGAGAAUGUCUAAGUAUUUAAGCAAAUAAAAUGUAAAUAACUUAAUUUCUUUCUUCUUUCUUUUUUUUCCACUUAGGUUUUGCAGCCUGAAAACCUGUGAAGUGGAAGAGCUGAUUCACUGUAUAUACACAGAUUGUUCGGAUCAGAACCAAAACUAGCUUAUAGCUUUAAAAAGAAACUAAGCGAUUUCCACUCAGGUGAAAAAUGGAGCAGACAGAAGCUCAAUUGGAAGACUCCAUCUCUUGUUCCAUCUGUCUGGAUCUACUGAAGGAUCCGGUGACUAUUCCCUGUGGACACAGCUACUGUAUGAACUGUAUUAAAACCUGCUGGGAUAGAGAAGAUCAGAAGGAAACCCAAAGCUGCCCUCAGUGUGGGCACACCUUCACACUGAGACCUGCCCUGGUGAAAAACAUAAUGUUAGCUGAUUUAGUGGAGGAACUGAAGAAGGCUGGACUUCAGACUUCUUCAGGCGAUCACUGCUAUGCUGGACCUGAAGAUGUGGCCUGUGACGUCUGCACUGACAGGAAGCUGAAAGCCAUCAAGUGCUGUCUGGUCUGUCUGGCGUCUUACUGUGAGAAACACCUUAAACUUCAUUAUGAAUCUCCUGCAUUUGAAAAACACAAGCUGGUUGACCCCUCUGAGAAACUCCAGCAGCACAUCUGCUCUCGUCAUGAUGAAGAGAUGAAGGUUUUCUGUCGUACUGAUCAGCAGAGUAUCUGUUAUCUCUGCUUAAUGGAUGAACAUAAAGGUCAUGAAACAGUCUCAGUUCCAGCAGAAAGAGCUGAGAAGCAGAAGGAGCUGGAGGUGAGUCGACAACAAAUCCAGCAGAGAAUCCAGGACGAAGAGAAAGAUGUGAAGCUGCUUCAACAGGAGGUGGAGGCCAUCAAUGGCUCCGCUGAUAAAGCAGUGGAGGACAGUGAGAAGAUCUUCACUGAGCUGAUCCGUCUCAUCCAGAAAAGAAGCUCUGAUGUGAAGCAGCAGAUCAGAUCCCAGCAGGAAACUGAAGUGAGUCGAGUCAAAGAGCUUCAGGAGAAGCUGGAGCAGGAGAUCACUGAGCUGAAGAGGAAAGACGGCGAGCUGGAGCAGCUCUCACACACAGAGGAUCACAACCAGUUUCUACACAACUACCCCUCACUGUCAGCACUCAGUGAGUCUACACACUCAUCCAGCAUCAAUAUUCGUCCUCUCAGAUACUUUGAGGAUGUGACAGCAGCUGUGUCAGAGACCAGAGAUAAACUACAGGACAUCCUGACAGAGGAAUGGACAAACAUCUCACUGGCAGUCACUGAAGUGGAUGUUUUACUGCCUGAACCAGAACCAAAGAGCAGAGAUGGAUUUUUAAAAUACUCACAUGACAUCACACUGGAUCCAAACACAGCACACACACACCUUCUGUUGUUUGAGGGAAACAAAAAAGCAACGUAUAUGAAACACCAGCAAUCUUAUCCCAGUCAUCCAGACAGAUUUACUGCUUGGCAUCAGGUCCUGAGCAGAGAGAGUCUGACUGGACGUUGUUACUGGGAGGUGGAGUCGAGACGGGGAGGAGUUCGCGUAGCAGUCGCCUACAAGAACAUUAGAAGAGCAGGGCGCUUAAAUGAGUGUUUGUUAGGGUGCAAUGACAAGUCUUGGGCCUUAUGCUGUGAUAAAAACAGUUACACAUUUUGGCACAACAAUGUAAAAACUCCAGUCUCAGGUCUUCAUUUCUUCAGAGUAGGAGUGUAUCUGGACCACAGAGCAGGUAUUCUGUCUUUCUACAGCAUCUCUGAAACCAUGACUCUCCUCCACAGAGUCCAGACCACAUUUACUCAGCGGCUCUAUGCUGGACUUCUUUUCUACUCUGAUGGAGACACUGCUAAGUUUAAUAAACCAAAAUAGAUGAAAGCCAUUUAAGGGUCAGAUUGUUAAAAUGUGUAAUUUAGUUUUAAGUUUAUUUUUUUCCAUCAUUGUUGAGUCAUUUCUUCAGCUGUCAAUCACACGUUCUGGGUGAUGAUUCGUGAGUUUGAUUUAAAUAUUUACUAAAAUCUGCUGUGAUGUUGCUUGGGUUCAUUCUAUUUUUAUUUAUAUUAUUUCUGUAUUACUGAUUUAUUUGUCUUUUUUUUUCUUGUAUAUUUGAUUUUAUAUCGGUACAUAUUAUUUUUUAUUAUUCUUAUAUAUUAAGUGUUUUGCUUAACUAAAGUGUAUUUGUGGGGAAGAUUUUGAAGCAAAAUUGUUUGACAUGGAAGUUAAAUGUAGCUACUUAGAUUUCGUUGUGUUUUUUUUGUGAUCUCACUGUCAAAGCAUGGUGAUGAAGAGACACCUUUUGGAAUACUUACAAUGAAAAGACAAGCAAAUUAAGGUAAAACCAAUUUUUAUGAAUAAUUCCGACCAACACCGUAGGAUGUGUUAGUGGUGUGUGUAAAUUGAAAUUAAUAUGAUCUGACCCUAAUUGCUGCAGGGGAUUGUGUCCUUGAUAAAAAUGAGUUACCUCUGAUUAAACUAAAAUAAAUAAAUAAAGAAAAGAAAAUAAGAAUGAGCCAGUCUUUUGAAAAGCUCUUCAAAAGUAACAGCUUCUCAAGAUCUGGCUCUCUUUAAAGAGCCAUAAAUCCCAUCUGUACCUGCUUAGUAAAUGAGGCUCUUACAAAAUAUCAUCCCACGGGCCACAAUUAGCACCAGAGCCACAUGUUUGAGACCCAUGAGCUAAAUUAAUUCCAUUUACAUUUAUUGGAUUGUCAGACCAAACGUUGUUGUUAUUCUAAUAGAUGUACAGAUGAGGUGAUGUAAACAUCAUCAUCAUCAGGACAUGAGUCAUUAUUUUACUGAUUAUGUGACAACAAACUGAUGAUUUACAUGAUCAAUAAAAGGUUAUGGCUUUAGGAUUUAUCCUCUACUUAGGUAUUAUUCUGCACAUUUUCUCUUUGUUUUAGCAAAUAAAUACAAGUUUGUGUCUUGAUACAGUUUUAUAGUUGAAAUUUAAGAUGAUUUUUUGUUUGUUUCCUUUAAUCUUGAAUCCAUUGAUUGAUUCAUGAGUUUUGGACAGAAGCUGUUCUGUAAAUUUGAAGAGUGGGAAUUAACAUGAGAUGAAUGAUACCUUUGUUUUCAUGCACAAUGUUUU